CCCCUUUUCGUGCAGGAAAGAGAAAUUCUUUCCUGCGAAAUCGAGACAUCCCUUUUCUGCGACUUGCGUCUCUCCUCCCCCGACCCCCCAUCACAGACUUUUCCUUGUCUCGGGACCUUCAGUUCGCUGGCGCGCCACCGCGAAUCUGAGGCUUUCUCACCGCACGAUUCGCGGCUUUUCCUGCCCUUCUUCGAUUGUGAGAGACAGCCUUAAAGAAAGCCAGACGUUCAUUCUUCUUCAGCAAGUUCCUUGCGAAGCCAUCCGUCUCGUUUUCUCCCUUGUUGCUCUUUCUCAUCGAACUCCGUCAGAGAGGCGGACAUGAGAGUCGCAAUUUUUGUGGCCGCCGAUGAUUUUCCCCCUUCCCGGUGACCGGCAGCAGACGCGGAAGGGGAGUUCGAAAGUUCUUCGCUUUUCUUCCUCACGAAAAUGCGUCUGUUUUUUUCGGCGCUCGUUGCCGACUGCCUCGUCUUCUAGCCAGCCCGCAGCGCCGGUCUUCUCGAAGGAACUCUCGGGUCAGCGCGCUGCGACUUUUUCUCGCGGGAAGAAACUUCCCAGGACGCGGGAGAAAACGUCUUUAUUGUUGAGAGAAUUUGUCGCCUUCGGUCCUCAAGGAAGUCUUCCGAAGGUGGAGUUCGUCAGUCGACGUGAACUGUUCGGUCUUGAGAGUUCUCGCGUCGUUUUUCGUGCGCUGCCUUUCGCGAGCUCGCCGCUCGGCUGUGUUGCUCUCCGUUCAGAAAAUGAGGCAUCACGCGAAAGCAGGGACACCGAAAGCGAAGCAAGUCGAAUGUAGAGAUCUCCUGGGAGCCGUCACCUCAACUCGAGGAGAGUCGUUUCGCUCUUUCCAGUCUCAGAAAGCCUUUCCAGCCUAGGCUGCUGUCUUGCUCGCGACUUCCUGCGCGCCGAGAGCUCCUGAAAGUGAGACGUCCGACAGAAGACAGCCGCAGAUCUCCUUUCAUUGAAUGCACCACACCUCGGCAUCCUUCCUUUCACCGCGACUUUUCUAAGUGGUGCUGAAAAGCUUCGCCUUUAGCGUGAAGACUCUCUCUCUUCUGGAAUUGGAUAUCCUGCGUUUCCCCCGUUUCUCGCGCGAAACCACGCUGUGAGCGAGAUCCGAAAAACGCACUGUAGAACGAGGUGUCGGUACACCCGAGGUGAGACACACGUGACGCGAGUUCCGGUCUGGAGCUCUUGUUCGCAACGACGUUGUGUCUCUCUUUUCAUUUUUUUUCUCUGCGUCUCUCUCUUCUGUCACAGUCGAGAGCGCUCUCGAUGGCGGAGCUGCAACUUCCACAUCUCGACUCCUUUCCGGGUCGUCUCCAACUUCUCUCGUCUUCUCAGUCUGCUUCAUAUCGCCUGUGCGCUUCAGCAGACCUUUACAGAGAAACGCAUCUUCCGUCGGACCUGCUCUCUCCUCCGUCUUCGUUUCUCUGCUAGGACCUCUCACUGUUCUGCGCGGCUGCCGUCUUCGUCUCUCGGCCUUCUCUCUUGUCGACUUUUCUCUUCCGCCCUCUCGUCUCUUCUUCCUCUUUUCUCUCUUCUCCUUCCCUGCGCUGUGUUCGACUGUCUCCUCCACGUCGUUUUUCCGUUCGAGGUUUUCGACCUCGUUUCCCGGCGCGGAUUUCUGUCUCUCUCUUCUGGGCCGUCUCCUGUCUGUUCUUCGUCUUCGCCUCUCUGGAAAACGUCACCUCCGCCAAUGGAUGUCUCUGGAGACAGGCACCUCCUCUCUCCCCUUUGCCAGGCUGAGUCUCCUCCGGCGACUUCUCUGAACGCCUUUCCUCUCAUUGACGGAUUCACGGGAGAGGUUUACUCGAUCGACCUUCGUCACCCGCUUCUCGCCUCUUCUCGCCGGUCUCCUCGAACCUCCUCCGGACCUGAGGCCUCCGACGCCUGUCCUGCCUGGGCUGCGCUUCAGCUCUUCCUGACUCGUCACGUCAUCCCUGCGCUCCCGUCUUCGGCUGUUUGUGCUGCUCACGUGCAGUCCUUCGGCAAACCUAGAGAAGACCGCGCGGCGACAUCCUCGUCUCCCCUCGCUUGUUCGCCUCCCAGCUUGCCGGGCGCCACAGACCGACCCGAGGGAGAAGCGCUGGCAAAUCCUCUCUCUUCCCCUCUGCACACCUCUGCUUCGAGUCUCUCUGCCCGUCAAGGAUCUUGUCUUUCUUCAGACGGGAGAGGAAGAGGAGGAGAGAACGAACAAGAGGAAGUUCGCUUUUCAGAGGGCAGCGUCCUGUUGCUGCUGGAGCAGACUUCGACGUCUCUGGAGUACGAAGUUGACAGACGCCGUGAAGGCUCCCCAGCUUCUCUUCUGCUCCAGCCUGGGGAGCCCGGUCCGAUCUUCAGUUUCCGUCUCGAUUUCCUCUUCGCUCCUCUGAACAGCGGGUCAACUGGACCCUCAGAGGCGCUCAGAGAAGAAACUGCUGCGCGUAGCGCAUCUGGGAACUCCUUUUCAGUUUCUGCGUCCUCCGCAGUUCCCUGGGCAUGCAAGAGAGGACACCGGCCGGAGUCUCUGGCGGCGCGGGCCUGCCCGGCGCCCUUCGACUCCGUUCACCUCCACACCUACCAGCCGUUGCGUGUUGACGAGGCCUCUGCCGACUGCGCUGCCUCGACCUGUGGCUUUCGCUUCCCCUUUCCUCUUCCGUAUGCGUCUUCUUCUCUCGACAAACGCCUGUCGAGCGCGGAGCAGCGCGCAGUUCAAACCGCCUCGGCACUCUGCACCGACAGCGGCCUCCAGCCCUUUGCAUCGAGUGUACGGACAGCUGCGCAGCUGCUGGCUGCGGGGCGCGCGAGGGCGCUGGCGGCCGCUGCGCUGCUGAGGCGCCUGCCGCUGCAGAGGCGAGCCGCGCGCGUGGUCCAGGGGAACCUGGAGAGACACUUGCACUUGGCGGCUCGGUGGCUGGGGGCUCUCAGCGCCCGACUGGAAGAGGAGCGCCGCCUCCAACAGCCGCUCUUCGACGGCCUUCCUGCCCUCUUCUCGCUCUUCGCCUCCUGUGCACUGCCCCCGAGUUUCCAGCGUGGACCCUGUCGAGAAGGAGACGGGUGCAAGGCCGCAGAGGCGGGUGACGCCGCAGUCGCAGGCGCCGGACUUGGGGACUCCCCGCCUCGGUGCUUUGCGACGCUGGCCGACGCGCUCGACCUGGCGACGCUUGAGAAGCAUGUGCGUCGCGUGGCGGCGCAGCGGGACCGGGUGUACAUCCACCUGGAGGAGGUCGAGCGUCGAUGUGGGGAGGCCUGCGAGGCGGCCUUGGCGGCGGGGCGGCGCGCAGUGGCUGUGGCGGAUGCUGGCGGGGCGCUGGAGGAGGAGGCGCUCCGCGUCGAGGCUGCAGGCCAGGAAGCAGCAUCCCUUUUCCGCAAGGUUCUCGAGGCGCUUCCGCCUCCACCGAUUGCGUACUCGCAGUACUCGCCUGAGCAGCUGCGCGAGCGGCAGCGGCGCCAGGCUGUCGCCCUGCAGGAGUUGCGGCGAGUUGCCGAGGAGCAAGCCGCGAGCGAAGAGCGCGUGGCGCGUCUGUGGGCGCGGAGGGGUGCAGAGUACCUCUCUGCGCUCCGACGCGCGUUCGAAGGCAAGAUGGAAGUGAAACGCAACCACGACGUAGGACGCCUCGUCAGCGACGCCGCCCAGCGCGUCGCCAUCUCCACGCUCCAACUCGGCCGACUCUACGCCGUCCCGCGCGCUUGCGCCCUCGCGGUCCAGGAAGCGCGGCGCCGCCGCCGCUUCAGGUGGACGUACACCGCAGCGGCCCGGGCCGCGCAGGCGCAGCUGGACCGUGCUCGGCGCGGCGAGGAGGCGGCGCGGCUGCGCUUCCUCGAAUCGUGUGGGCAUGCGCUUCCCGCGUCGCUCUUCGCGCCUCUGAGGCACUGCGCCGUCCCGCCAGUCUUCGUGCAGGGACCGGCGGAGUUUGACGAGCAGCUCAUCGGGCUGUCGAGUCUCGAUUUCGCUUCGUUUCUGCCGGGAGGAAUGGGGCCGCGAAGUGAGACGGCUUCGACGGAGACAGCAGGCGCAGACAGGAGAGAGAAGAGAGAGAAGAGAGAGGCGGACGCGACGCCGGGGAGCCAGCGUGGGGUCGACGCCGGUCCAGGGGCCGCCUCACCCGAACGCGAUCGACGAAGGGGGGAGAAAGGGAUGUUGUCAUCGAACGGGGAAAGAGGAGAAGCUCCCGAGGAAGAAGGACCUCCUGAGGAAGACGGACCUCCUGCGCAUCGUCGGGGGUUCAGUCCACUCGCGGAGACGCAGGAAGAAGAAUUCGAGCAGAAACUGAUGCGCGCUGCGAUGUCCGACGCCUCGGCAGCAGCAAGACUGGCAGCUGAGAGGCUGCAUGCAACGCUUUUGAGCAGGGGAGGCGCGACGGCGGAAAAACAGUACAUGGACGCCGAGGCCUCAGAACUGGGCGCGCUGACUUGCUGGCUAUCCGCGGAGGACACAGGAGCUGGCGGAGUCAGGGGCGAAGGCGAGGCUUCCGGAGAGCGCGCCGAAAAACUGGAGCUUGCCUGCUCUUCGGUUGCGCAGGAAAGGCGGGCAGGACAGACAGACGAGAACAACGAAGGAGUAGGCGAGGCAACCCGGCGCCUGCAAAAACAGCCCCGAGCUGCAGAGGCGGCAGGAACGUCCGGCGCGCAGGAACAGGAGAAUCCCGGCGACCAGCUGUCCUCGCAACGGGGUGUACGUAAACACACCCAAGGAGUAGAGGAGCGGCUGUGGAGCAGCGCCACAGCAGAGGAGGCGAGUGCAGAGGCGAAACGCCAUGAAAAGGGAGGCCGCAAGGAAAUUGUGUCAAACGCUUUCAAGGAUGAGGGUGCGUCUGAUCGGAGCUGCGCCUUUACGCUUUCUCCAGACUUAGAGAUGUUCUCGCGAACGGCAGCCACGCCGCGGGUGUCUGUACAGACACCUGGAUCAAGUCUUGGGUUUUCACGCGGUGAGGUCGGCGGCAAGCUCGCGGAGAGGAGGGGAGACAACGAAGAAAGGCGAGACGGAGGAGAAAGACAAACAGAAAUCUUGGGAGAUGAGACGCUGUCCGCAUCCCGUUGCAGUGGAGGACUUAAGGAGAACUCUGUGUCACCUCGCUGCGCUCCUUUCCGCGCUAACGUUGAUGAAAUAUCGACUUGCAACACAGCCGCGGCACCGGGAGGUGGAACGACUUCCUGUCCUUCAUCCGCAUCUUCUUCCAUUUCUUCCUCUUCUGCUUCUCCGUCUUUCCUCCCCUCUUCUCCCAUUUCGUCUUCCUCUUCUUUCUCCUCGUCGUCAGCUUCUUCCUCUUGCUCUCCCGAUUUGCUUUCCUCUUCUUCGUUUUCCUGCGCUUCUGGCUCUCCUCCGUCUUCCUCGUUUUCAACGUCUGCUUCCUCGUCCUCUUCGCUCUCUUCCUCCUCUGCUGGUGAUUCUUCUUCGUUGCUUUCUUCGGAGGCGUCCUCGCCUUUGUGUCUUUCCUGCACAGGCAGAGCAGAGAGCGUGAGGAGAGAAACGGGAGACCAGAGACACAUCCAGGAAGAAGGGGAAAUUGCAGGAAAGAAGAGAGACAGAGAGAAACUGGCGACAGCAGAAAAAGGAGAGGAAGAGAGGAAGAAGUCCGAUGGAGAGAAACUGGCGACAGCAGAAAAAGGAGAGGAAGAGAGGAAGAAGUUCGAUGGAGAAAAGCAGGAGACAACAGAGAAAGAAGAAGAGAGGAAGAAAUCCGUUGGAGAGAAGCAGGAGACAGCAGAAAAAGAAGAAGAGAGGAGGAAGUCCGAUGGAGAGAAGCAGGAGACAACAGAGAAAGAAGAAGAAGAGAGGAAGAAAUUCGAUGGAGAGAAGCAGGAGACAACAGAGAAAGAAGAAGAGAGGAGGAAGAAAUCCGAUGGAGAGAAGCAGGAGACAACAGAGAAAGAAGAAGACGAGAGGAGGAAGCCCGAUGGAGAGAAGCAGGAGACAACAGAGAAAGAAGAAGAAGAGAGGAGGAAGUCCGAUGGAGAGAAGCAGGUGACAACAGAGAAAGAAGAAGACGAGAGGAGGAAGCCCGAUGGAGAGAAGCAGGAGACAACAGAGAAAGAAGAAGAAGAGAGGAGGAAGUCCGAUGGAGAGAAGCAGGUGACAACAGAGAAAGAAGAAGACGAGAGGAGGAAGUCCGAUGGAGAGAAGCAGGAGACAACAGAGAAAGAAGACGAGAGGAAGAUCUCCGAUGGAGAGAAGCAGGAGACAGAGUAGACAGAAGAAGAGAGGAAAAAGAGCUACAGGACUCAUCUAAGGAUGGAGACCCAGAAGCACGAGACCCUGCCGAUACAGGGAAGAGGAUGGGCUGCGAGAGGAGGGAAUCAUUGGUGUUAAUCCAGGUCCAUCGGAAGACACAAAGGAGAUGGCAGAAGAGCGAAAAGAGGAAUGAGACGAAGCAGAUCACGGUGAAGAAGAAAGUGGGAAGAAGUCGCGCACUGAAGGAGAGGAGGGGCGAGGGCCAACCGCCAACGAAAACUGAGGAAAGCAGAAGCAAUGAGAGAGAAGGAGGAACGCGUCUUGUUUGUUGGAAGCGUCUCUGUAUUUUCAGGGGAUCGCCAGAGAAAGUGAGAGGAAGAGCGUAAGUUGAGAAGCAAAGCCCAGAAUGCCAAGACGAUAAAUGAAGCAGAAUAAGACGAACAUGCAUACAAGAAUACAAGAAAAGAAGAAAGCAAUUUCCAUCGUGGCGUCGGCAUCCUCAAGAGGCAACGAGAGAGCCGGAAGCCUCGAGGGAUACCGGCGUGGUCCUUCGGGUGUAUGGACACCAAAGGUCGAGAAGAAGAGAUGAGUUUCUGUGAGCAUGAAGAAGAGGCAUCGCGGUGGACUUUAGUAGGUGUAGUUUUUUCAAGAUCGUCUCGCGUCGAUGUCGAGGCCACUGGGAAGUCGUUUAUCUUUCCUUCAGAUUCGUCUAUCGAGAUUCGUCUAUCGAGAUUCGCCGAACUUUUGAGAGAAACGAACGCGAGAAACUCGAAGACCGCGCCGAGAGUGAAACGUUUCAGGUGUCUUGUGAGGUUUUAAAUGC